AGACAAAUAACUUUGGAAAUUAAAGUGGCUAGAAAUGAAGGAGACAAUGAGUAAACUGUAAAGUUUCGGAUAUUUUAGCAUUAUUGUAAAUGAUUAAUUCAUCGGAAAGAAUCUAUUCUUUGCCUUUAAAUAAGCUAACAGCCUUGAAAAUACUACAUCUAAAUCCAGGGCUGCAUUAUCAGUGAUUAAUCAAUGUAGAGCUUACUAUUAAAAAGAUCUGGUCACUCUCUAUAUCUAAGUCAACUUUCAGGCAAUUUAAUUUACAAUUCCUUUUACAAAUUACCCGAAUCAGUAAUGAAUUGGGUGAAGUACGUGACAGUGAUAGGUAAAUCUAUAAAUCUUUAAUAAUGCCUAUUGAUCAACAGGAAUCAGCUUAAGCGGUUAAUGCCACGGCAAAAAAUCACUUCAAAGAGGGCACGCGUGGUGGAGCCAAAAGGACAGGAAACUCCCUUUAUAGAUUUAAAACUGAUAUAUACGGAUGAAAAUCUAGCUGAUUUAAAUGAAUCGGCCUCAAAUGAGGAAUCUCCAAAAACCGAAUUGGAAACAAGCCCUGGAAAAUCCUUGGCAAUCGAUUCUCCAAGUACGCCCACGGAGGAAGAGAUAUUCAACAUAUACGAAGAUGUUUCCAAGCUGUGGGACAUCGAGCGAUAUCUAAACAUAGUCUACAAGCCCUUCUAUUGCAUGGGUUGCACCUCAUACUACUUCAAUCUCCAUGAACUGGAUCUCGUCAUGGAGAACGCCAGAUUCGAACCAGAUAGACAUCUGGCUGUGUUUCUCACUCGCACUUCUCCAUUCUGCACUGUGAAGAUAUAUCCCAAUGGUAACAUAUAUUGCCAGUCCUUCAACCGCGACGGCGCCCGAGAAGGUCUGUCCAAGGUGCUUCAAGAGUUGCGAAAUCUGGGCUACUACCCGCGUGUUCAGCUGUACAAGUACAGUGUGGUUAACGCCACUUUCAGUGUGCCCUUUCAUCUAAAUCUAAGGAAGUUUCACUGGCAAAACCCAGGUAUUACUGAAUAUGAUCCCAAAAAGCUGCCCUUUCUGAUGUACAAGAUGGUGGGAACUUUGGUCAAUAUAGCUAUUUUUCCCACGGGCUACGUGUACGUGAUGUUCGCCAGCUCUCGGUCACUCAUCAAGCUUGCCAUUGCUCAUAUUUUGCCCAUCUUGUAUCGUAUAAAGAGUCCUUUUGAGGAACAAAGCCAACUAAACCUAAGCAGCGGCGAUAUCAACUACAAAGUGCUUUGGGAGAAAUAUUUCCAGGACGGGAAUUACGCAGUUGAACUGAAAUAAAGGAUACUAUCUAGCUUUAAGGACUGUUUUGAGAUUUCCAAAAAUUAAACUUUAAUUGUUCGCUCU